CUGGCGGCCGAGGCGCGGCCCGUGAGCCGUGAGCUCGGGACUCGCCGCCCUCCGGGUCGGGCGCAGAGCUUUGGAGCGGCUACUGCGAGGGCCUCGGCGCGCCCCCGGGAUCUGCGCAGGAGGGCGCUUGCCCACUCCUACCCGACCUCUCGCACCUUCCCGUGGCGUCCGAGCGCCAACUUCCCCAAGAACGCUCCAACUCCAGGCCACCCUGCUGGGCAGAGGGGGCGCUGCUGCUGGGCACCAGCCGUGAGGACGCACCCCUGGCCCCAGGGAGCGAGCCGGCAUCUUCAGGGGAGCUCGGGCGCCCCUGAGUGGGCGUCGGCGGCAGCCGCCUCCCCGGGGAGUCCAAGACCUGCAGGCGUUCGCCCUCUCUUUUAUGGAGCUUGGGCCCCUGCCCCAGCCCCGCAGAGGCUGUGGAGGUAGACCGUCCGGCAGCCUGGUCCCCAGGCCCCUGGCCCAUCCCUGGCAGCGGGGAGUGGCAGCUCCCACGAGGUAGCAGAGGCCUGAGCCGGGGCCCCUCCCGGGAGUGAACCAUGGGCCAGAAGCUCUCGGGGAGCCUCAAGUCGGUGGAGGUUCGCGAGCCGGCGCUGCGGCCGGCCAAGCGGGAGCUGCGCGGAGCAGAGCCCGAGCGGCCGACGCGGCUGGACCAGCUUCUGGACAUGCCCGCGGCGGGGCCGGCGGUGCAGCUGCGCCACGCGUGGAACCCCGAGGACCGCUCGCUCAACGUCUUCGUCAAGGACGACGACCGGCUCACCUUCCACCGGCACCCGGUGGCCCAGAGCACCGACGGCAUCCGCGGCAAGGUGGGCCACGCCCGCGGGCUGCACGCCUGGCAGAUCCACUGGCCGGUGCGCCAGCGGGGCACCCACGCGGUGGUGGGCGUCGCCACGGCCCGGGCGCCCCUGCACUCGGUGGGCUACACGGCGCUGGUGGGCAGCGACGCCGAGUCCUGGGGCUGGGACCUGGGCCGCAGUCGCCUCUACCACGAUGGCAAGAACCGGCCCGGCAUCGCCUACCCCGCCUUCCUGGAGCCCGAGGAGGCCUUCGCGCUGCCGGACUCGCUGCUCGUGGUGCUGGACAUGGACGAGGGCACGCUCAGCUUCGUCGUGGACGGCCAGUACCUGGGCGUGGCCUUCCGUGGCCUCAAGGGCAAGAAGCUGUACCCGGUGGUGAGUGCCGUGUGGGGCCACUGUGAAGUCACCAUGCGCUACAUCAACGGCCUUGACCCCGAGCCGCUGCCGCUGAUGGACCUGUGCCGGAGAUCCAUCCGCCUGGCCCUGGGCCGCCAGCGCCUGCCGGACAUCGGCGCCCUGCCCCUGCCCCAGUCCCUCAAAAACUACCUGCAGUACCAGUGACGGGCUGUGGCGCCGAGGCAGCAGCGGGCAUGCCGGGCCCGGCCUUUCCUUUCACGGCGCACGGAACAUUCAGGAAGGGGCCUUUCUCGCCCCGACUCCCCAGAACUUGCAGUUCUUUGGAAGGCCAGUACGCGUUCCCAACUUUAAAGAUGAAUGUCUGUUGCCAACAGUAUUUGCUGCCUGAGAAGCAGCUCCCCCAAGUCCCGACACCUCCUUGGAAGCCGCGAAGCCCCCGGGGCCUCUGCCCGGAGGAGGGCCCGCCCUGCCCACUGGACACCACCGGAUGGUAUUGAUCCGGGAGCCCGUUUCCAUAUUCAAGAGAAUGAAUAAAACAUUGGGGCAGGAGACUCUGUUGUGUGCCCGGAGCAGACAGGGCCAGCUGGGGGAGACACUGCCUCUGAAUAAUGAAUGAUGACAGCAGCCAGGUCCCCUCGGGCCCUCACCCCUUGUCAGGGCAGCCGAUACUUGAGGACUGCGCCCCUUUGAGAGGGAUGCCCGCAGGCAGAACUGGCAAGUGGCCCGAGCAGUGAGCAGUGUUUAGCCGCCUCUGGCUUACCUCUUUGAAAGUCGUUUACUUACCCGAGUCACUGCCUUCCUGCCCCUCACCUCCCCCCAUUGCCCCAGGCACCUCUUAUUCAGGGAAGCUGAGUCUCACGAAUUCACCCCAGGGACAGAGUGUUUCUUUUAUUAUUAUUUUAAGUAGCAGGUGCAUUUUAAGAGAGGAGUACGAGGAGUGAGGGCAGUACUUAGUCCAAAGGUGCUAAUGGGGGGGUGGGGGCAUUGCAACCCCCUGGUGGAUGAUGUCCGGGGAGGCCGGGGGUCUCUAGGCAACCAUCCACUCAGGAUGCAGCCUGGUUGCCACAAAGCUUUAUUUGAGCAAACUAUUUUUUCACUUUAGGAGACGUGUACGAGCUUGUUUGUUUCAGAUGUGUGUGUGACGUGCUGUUUAUUUAUCAGCGUGGGGCCCGUGGGGGCAGCCCCAUAACUGGAAGGGUGGACGUGGGAGGCACCUGCUUCGCCUGCUCCAAGCCUGGCCCCCUCCCGGAAGGAUGCUGCUGCUGAGACCGCCUCCCUGGGCAGCCCUCGAGUGUUUCCGACGCUCUCUGCCCAGACUCAUUUUUAACUGGAAAUUGUCCCAGCAGUGGAAUCUCGGAGCCCCAGACGGCACUGCCGCCCCCACUUUAAUGUGAAUUUGACUGAUGAAUGAGGAACGUUUCUAAUAAAGUGUGUCAUUCAGUCCUUCA